AAAGGUCCAACUUGCCAGUUUUAGCAGUAAAAUGAAGGGUAUCUGGCCGAGGAUAAUAGAAAACGGGAAAACCCUUCCAAAACCCUCUGGUCUGGAAAUUAAAAAUGGCAGUUCCUUCUUCUUGUUCUUCAGCUUCAGUAUCUCAUCAUUUUCUGAAUCAUUCUUCUUCUCGAUGUCUUCCACUAAUCUCGUCCUUGAAAGUUCCUUCUGAUUUGCGCUUUAAUGGAAUUACUGCCAGAAGAAGAAGAGGUUCCAACAUCUCUUUUGCUGUUUCUGCAAAAGCCAUUUCCCUUCAUACUAUAGAAGAGAUCGAAACCGUUAACAUCGCUGAAGACGUUACCCAGUUAAUUGGAAGUACGCCAAUGGUUUACCUGAACAAAGUAGUGGAAGGUUGUGUGGCAAAUGUAGCUGUGAAGCUUGAAUCUAUGGAACCUUGCCGAAGUGUUAAAGAUAGAAUUGGAUAUAGUAUGAUAUCUGACGCCGAAGAAAGUGGAGCCAUUUCACCAGGGAAGAGUAUUUUAGUCGAACCUACUAGUGGAAACACAGGAGUUGGUAUCGCUAUGGUUGCUGCAACUAAAGGAUACAAACUAAUUGUAACCAUGCCAGCAUCCAUAAGUGUGGAGAGGCGUAUUCUUCUUCGUGCAUUGGGAGCAGAGAUUAUUCUCACUGAUCCUUUAAAAGGCAUAAAAGGAGCUGUUGAUAAAGCUGAAGAAAUAGUUGAGAGGACAGCAAAUGCUUACAUGUUUCAACAGUUCGACAAUCCAUCUAAUACUAAGAUUCACUAUGAAACUACCGGACCAGAAAUAUGGGAAGAUACUAUGGGUAGCGUCGACAUAUUUGUUGCAUCAAUUGGAACUGGCGGUACUAUUACAGGCACAGGGCAUUACUUGAAAAUGAUGAACAAAGAUAUUAAGGUAGUCGGAGUAGAACCUGCUGAGACUAGCAUAAUCUCUGGAGAAAACACUGGUUAUAUACCAAGCAUCCUGGACGUCAAACUGCUCGACGAGGUAUUAAAGGUUACCAUUGAUGAGGCAGUUGAGAUGGCUAGAAGAUUGGCAUUGGAGGAAGGUUUACUGGUUGGUAUAUCUUCGGGAGCUGCUGCAGUUGCAGCUGUCAGUAUUGCAAAAAGACCCGGAAAUGCUGGAAAGCUUAUUGCGGUUAUAUUCCCUAGUUUCGGUGAGAGAUAUAUUAGCACUGUCCUUUUCCAAUCUAUCCAUGAAGAAGUCCUGAAAAUGCGAGAAAAGUAGGUUUGGAAUGCCUCUACCAUCUUGGAAUUUCACGUGCUCAAACUCAGAACCGCAACCAAUAGUAAAUGAUCAAGGCUACCCGGAGGACCCAACAAGUUCAUGGAGUAAUUGACACACAUUUCGCUCUAUUAUAAAUUGUACUGUAUAAUAGUUCCAUGUCCACCAAUUUUGUCAUAGGAAAAAGCUCAGGAAUCGCGUAGUACUGUAUCUAACAACCAAAAUGCUGAAAUGAGAAAAAAAUCAAUUUGAUUUCUA